GUAAGAGGAAGCGGCGAAACUAACAUUUUCUUUUGUCCAUUUGUACAACUGAUAACGCGACUAUUUACAAAUAUAUUUAUGGAUUCUCAAGCACCGGGAAAGCGUACGAACGUGAUGGUGUCAUUUAAAAGUGGAGAACCAAUGGAAAUUCCAGAGAGUGACAUUCUCGGGCGGUGCAGAAGCGUCUCUGAAUUUGAGAAGCUUAACAGGAUUGGCGAGGGAACUUAUGGGAUUGUCUAUCGAGCAAAGGACACAAAGACCAAUGAGAUUGUGGCUCUCAAGAAGGUGCGAAUGGACCAGGAGAAGGAUGGCUUACCGAUAAGUGGCCUCCGGGAGAUUCGUAUUCUCAUGUCCUGUGACCAUGAGAAUAUUGUGAAGUUGAAAGAAGUUGUGGUGGGCCGAAGUCUGGAGAGCAUCUUCCUCUCUCUUGAGUAUUGCGAGCAAGAUUUAGCCUCCCUGCUCGACAACAUGCAGACAAACUUCUCGGAAUCUCAAGUGAAAUGCCUGAUCCUGCAGGUCCUGCGCGGUGUAAAGUACUUACACGAGAACUUCAUAAUUCAUAGAGACCUAAAGGUGUCUAAUCUUCUGCUGACGGACAAAGGCACGGUGAAGAUUGCAGAUUUUGGUCUGGCCAAAUACUUUGGCAUUCCGUCGAAGCCCUCAACGCCACAAGUCGUGACGCUGUGGUAUAGAGCUCCUGAAUUGCUUCUAGGAGCGAAGGUUCAAUCCACAGCAGUCGACAUCUGGGCUGUGGGAUGCAUCCUAGGCGAGCUGCUCGGGCACAAACCACUCCUGCCAGGAACCACUGAAAUUGGCCAAUUAGAGUUGAUUGUAGACUUACUGGGAACACCAUCAGAUGGCAUCUGGCCAGAAUUCUCAUCGCUUCCAGCCGUGCAGAACUUCACUCUGAAGCAUCAACCCUAUAAUAAUCUCAAGCAGCGAUUCCCCUGGCUUUCAGCGGCUGGUCUUAGACUCCUCAACUUCCUCUUCAUGUACGAUCCAAAGAAGAGAGCCACGGCCGAAGAGUGCCUGCACAGCAGUUACUUCAAGGAGAUGCCAUUCCCUUGCGAUCCCAAACUGAUGCCCACCUUUCCGCACCACCGCAACAUUAAGAGCGUGAGUUCAUCGUCAAAAGCCGCCCAAGAGCCGGGCGUGAGCUCCACCACCGAGCCCAUACCCUUCAGCCUGCCAAUCUCUGAACUUUUGGGAAACAUUGUGAAAAAGAGGAAGCACGAAUAGAGAAAUCAACUUUAUUUUACAACUACAA